CCGCCCCCCACUGAGUCCCAGUUCCCCUUUUUUCUCACUUUUCUCUCCAAGAUAUAAUAAUACCGCAUCUUUCUUUUGCUCUUCCUCAACUUUUGCUCCUUCCUGCUUCAAUUGCUAAUUCCCCCACCAAAUCGAAUGAAAUACGGACUCGAGUUACAGGAGAACAUCUUCCCUCCAUGGCGCUUGUCCUAUGUCGCCUACGAUGUUCUCAAGCAGGAGCUCAAGAGUCGCCAGCUUGAUCAUGGAUGGACGCAGCAAGACGAAGCCGACUUUGUCCAUCUACUCGACAACGAGCUGACCAAAGUGUACGACUUUAUCAAUGCCAAGCUUUCUGAAAUCGACGCCCGUAUCCUGUACUGCGAACGCACCAUCCACACCUUGCACAACAAUCCCACAAUGCAGACCGAUGCGAGUUACAAGAUCAUGGACGAGGCCCUGACCGAAAUCCUGUUUGAUGUCAAUGACCUGUCCAAGUUCACACGCGUGAAUUAUAUGGCGAUCCAAAAGAUGCUGAAAAAGCACGACCGGUGGACCGGCCUGGAUCUCAAGCAGGCGUUCGUGCAGAAAUUGCGCGACAAGCCGCUGGAUAACCAACGGUUCGAUGUCUCCAUUGUCUAUAUUUCAGCACUACACGCUUUGUGCCGUAGCCGUGGCAACCGCCAGGCGUCGUCGUCGGACAACAAGACGGGCAUUAAUGCCGACGGCGAUCAAAAUGCUUUUGAGCGUGCUACCGCCAAAUACUGGAUCCAUCCUGACAACGUCACCGAGGUCAAGGCCAUCAUCAUGCUGCAUCUGCCUGUGCUUAUCUUUAACCGUGACAAAAAGUGGGAGGUCGAGGAUUCCGCCAUCUCGUCCGUGUACAUGGACAAUGACAAUUUUGACCUGUACGCUGGCCGGCUUCAACGCGAUGAGGGCGCCGAGGCUAUCCGCCUGAGAUGGUAUGGCCCGUAUGACACCAAAAGUGUAUUUGUCGAACGAAAAACACACCAUGCAUCAUGGCUACAGGGCGCAUCCGUAAAAGAUCGUUUCCGCCUGAGCGAGCCCGACGUGAAUCCUUUCCUCCGGGGCGACUACUCUGCUGACCAAAUCGCCAACGACCUGCGAGCGAAAAAGGUCGAUGAGCCCACAGUCGACAAUGUCCAUUUUAUCGCCAGUGGCGUACAGACGUCGGUGCGUGAAAAAGAGCUGCGUCCCACCUUGCGUGCCUUUUACAACCGCACUGCGUUUCAACUGCCCGACGACCAGAAGCUGCGUAUCUCGCUCGACACCAACCUCACCUUUAUCCGCGAAGACCACUUGGACAGCACCUCUAGACGUCCCAAGGACAAUUGGCGCCGUCCAGACGUCAGGAUCGACUAUCCUUUCUCGUAUCUCCCCGACUCUGAGAUCUUGCGCUUUCCAUAUGCUGUUUUGGAAACCAAGCUCCAGACCCACUUGGGUCAGGAACCACCUGCAUGGCUCUCGUCGCUCAUUGAGAGUCAUUUGGUUCAUGAAGUGCCACGCUUUUCAAAGUAUCUUCAUGGAGCAUGUCACUUUUAUCGCGAACGCCUUGCCCUUUUGCCAUGGUGGCUGAGUGAAAUGAAUCAAGACAUUCGAAAACCACGAGCAGAAAACAUUGGUCUGACACGCUCAAAAAGCUUCAAGCCUUUGAUUGAUGGUCGCUACAGACGCGCCAUGAUCGAAGAAAAAGAGCGAGCCAACCAAGACGCAGUGAUGCGAAGCGGCCAGCCAGGCAUUACGCUAGAGGAUGCGACGCCCAACAGCCGAGAAGGAUCGCCUGGUGCAUUGUCGUCGAGUGAAACGCUGACGAAAUCAAGAACCCCUGAGCGGCGCAGAUUAAUCGAUGACGACAGCGAAACUCCUGAAUCCUGGAAACCUGUACAGAACACCCAGCAACAGCAUUUGACCGUCGAUAUGAAGCCUGGCAAUACCACUGCACUCGGUACACCGGUCAUGGUUCAAAGUCAAUCAUCGUCGUCGGUGAAUAGGGCCAGCGGCAACAACAACAAAAAGAAGAGCGGUCCGAUGGCGUUCUUGAACUGGAACAACAUGAUAGAAGAAGGCGAGAGUAAUAAGCGUCAAAAGGUCAAGGUUCGUGUGGAGCCCAAGGUCUUUUUUGCCAACGAGCGUACGUUCAUUUCUUGGCUGCAGUUUUGUGCUUUGCUCCUGACCGUUGCGCUGAGCUUGCUCAAUUUCGGUGACAAUUCAGCACGUAUCGUGGGCGGUAUCUUCAUUGGUCUUGCUGCCGUUGUCGCCAUUUAUGCGCUGUAUCGCUUCGAGAAGCGCGCAUGGAUGAUCAAUCGCCGCGUCGAUGGCCGAUACGACGACCUGUGGGGCCCUGCUGUGCUCUGCACGCUCUUGGUGGGCGCGUUGAUUGUCAACUUUUACUUGCGUUUCCAUUAAAUUCUUUUAUCUCUUUUAUGUAAUUAACAACAACAAUCAUUUUGCACUUUUCCCUCUCUCUCUCUCUUGCACACACUUCAUGUACAGUUUUAUUACUACCCAAAUCCUUGGCUAUGUCUUUUUUAAUCUCCCCCCCCUCCGCGCAAAAUCUCUCUCUCAUUGCACGUAGAAUAGCCCGCUUUGUCUUAGUGUAAAAACAUCAACAAUGCAUUUAUAACAAGACUUGACUUUUAUGGUAACUUUUUAA